AUGAAUUUCCUUCACCGUGCAGCGUCAGGGUUUAUACGCAGAAAACCGGCGUUUGGCAAUAAUGUUUCCUCUUUGAAUCUACUAAGAAAUGGAAUAUAUCCUAUCGCUUUUAAAAACCGGAGGUCGUAUGCCUCCGAGGCUAAUACCGGUACAAUUCAAGCAAUUAUUGGAGCUGUAGUUGACGUACAGUUCAGCGAAGCAAGCUUGCCUUCCAUUUUAAAUUCUUUGGAAGUUGAUAAAGAAGGUAGUCGUCUUGUACUUGAAGUAUCACAACAUUUAGGACAAAAUGUUGUUCGAACGAUUGCUAUGGACGGUACAGAAGAAACGAUGAUUAUUAAAGUAAGAUACACCAAUCUUCGUGAAGUAUUCUCUCGUAAUAUUGUUAUCAAUAAAAACAUUAAAUUGAAAGAAUUGGAGGCCAAGAUACGUGAACGUUUCGAUGUGGGUUACGAUGAAAACGUCGAAAUUUAUUACAUUGACGAUGAUAAAGAUCGGAUUGCUAUUUCCUUUGAAGAGGAAUUAGCUUUAGCCAUGGAGAACGGGAAAAUACAAACACUUGAAAUUGUCACCAAACCAAAGACCGUUGACGACAUUUGCGUUUACCCCGAUGUGCCAAAAGGAAAAGAAGGAGAAUGUUUAGAAGUUUUGAUUGAAUCAGAAUAUCUCACAAUUGCCAACGCAACAAAUAGCGAUACCAAAGCUUGGGGAACAUACAUUUACACUAACGAUUCAGAUGUUGUUAAAACUCUCGUUCAUUCGGAAAAGAUUAAAUUACCCGCAACUGCACCCCCUUACAAUGUAAUUGCAACCUUACGUUUCUUACCGGGAUGUAUUAAAUACACAGGAAGCGCUUCUCAAGGGGUUAAUUCAUUGAAUUUCGGCCCAUAUGAAACAAGUUAUAUUAUUAAUGGGCUGGCUCCUAAAGCACCUUAUUCAAGAAAUAGUAAGAGGGCAUUUUUAACCUAUGCCCCUGGGAAGGCAUCCUUUCAAGUAGGUUAUUUAGGAGCUGAUAAAUCAACAAUAGAAGGUGUGCUACAAUUAAAAUAUGAUGAAGAAAAACCACUAUUCGCAAAGAAGAUUACCCUUUCGUUCGUGGGAAAAGAAUAUGUUUUUUUUGCGGGCAUCGAAGAUGAAUUAAAGAUAUCCACUCAUACGGCAAAGCGUAAAUUCUUUUGUAAUAACAUCACAAUUUGGAGGUCACAAAGCAAAGGUCAAUAUGAAGCCAUAAAAUCCCUUGACUUACCUUUCAAAUUUAAGUUACCGGAGAAUCUCCCCCCUUCGAUCACGAUGGAUAAAGGAUGUGGAAGACUUUAUUACAUGCUUAGGGCUGUUAUUUCAAGACGGCGCAUGGAUCCUAAUUCACGUAUUAAAAAAAAAGUUGUUAAAGUGGUAGUUCCCAUCACUCGUUACACAAUCACUCCACAACCAGAACCUUCUCGUUGGUUUAUCAAGGAGGAUGGACCCGCAAAACCGCACGUUUUUGGAUAUGAUGUAUCCUUAGCACAAUCAACCUGUGGUCCAGGAGAAACCAUCGUUGUUCCUGUAAAAUUAUAUUUUCAUGAACCUCAAGUUUACUUCAAGAAAUUAUUCGUAGGAAUAAAAGAAUAUCACGAAUUACGAACAGACGAAUAUGAAACAUCAACAAAAAAAUAUCUCGUUGAAGAAACUGUACUUGCGAAUGAUCUUCCAAUUUCAUCCGGACCUGACAAUGAAUGCUUUAUAGAAAUAAAAUUGCACAUUCCUUUUGCAAGACAAUUGGUUUAUACUCUAGAUUCAACCUACCUCUCAGUUUAUCACAAGUUGAAAGUUAAAGUUGGUCUAGGUAAUGCUCCUGACAUAAAUAUUUCAAAAUUUGUUAAAAUUUUAAAUCUCGUUAGUGAAGAAGAACCUAUCAUGGUUAAACCUAAACGGGAUCCCCAAAGAAGAUUGACACCUUUCUACCCAUUAUUUAACAAAAUUCAAAAUCGUGAUCGUGCCGUUAAGAAACUUUCGGCACAAUUACAACUCCAACUUCAAAUCAGCAACUCGAAAAAUGCAAACAUGAUUUAUAAUUCGAGAUCUUUAUUUGUACCUACUUUGCAAGCAAAAAAAACAACUCAAGCUUAUUAA